AUGAUUGCAGAGCAUAAGCCGACGGCCACCCGGAACAUCAUCCUGAUUCGACACGGGCAAUACAAGAUGGAUUCGAAGGACAAGUUUUUGACCGAGCUUGGGCGCGAACAAGCCGCCUUGUUGGGAGAACGGUUGGCUAACAGUGGGAUAAAGUUUACGACCCUCUACAUGUCGACGAUGAAUCGAGCUACGGAGACCGCCGGGAUCAUCUUGGAAAAGCUUCCAUCGGAUUUGCCUCGGAAGAGCGAUGCCCUGAUCGAGGAAGGGCCACCCUACCCCCCAGAGCCCGCUGUUCCUCACUGGGUCCCGGCCAAAAACGAGUUCUUCUCGGAGGGACUUCGCAUUGAGGCGGCUUUCCGCAAGUACUUCCAUCGCGCACCACCACAGCAGAAAGAAGAUUCUACCGAAGUGCUCGUGUGCCAUGCCAAUGUGAUCCGUUACUUUGUUUGCAGGGCUCUCCAAUUCCCGCCCGAGGGCUGGCUCCGAAUGUCGUUGGGCAACUGCUCGAUGACGUGGCUGAUGAUCCGCCCGAACGGACGCGUGGCUCUCCGCAGUCUCGGUGACAUUGGCCACCUCCCCGCCGACAAGGUCACCUUCAGU